ACAACAACAGUGACAGUCAGAUCAAGACCGCAUUUCUGUAUGCAACCAGCUAUGGGUGUAGUCUGACAAGUGGAAACAGUAGCGCACCGCAAUAUACCUCGAAGUUUUAUCCUCAUGAAGGAGCUCCGUCCUGGCUGAGUUUGGGAGAUGGGAGUACUAAAUAUUGCAGACCAGCCUCCACUGGUCCAGGCCAUCUUCAAUCGUAACGCUGAAGAAGUUCAACUAUUAUUGCACAAACAGGAGGAGGAUGUCAAUGCACUGGACCAAGAGCGCCGUACGCCACUUCAUGCUGCUGCCUGUGUGGGUGACGUCCAUAUAAUGGACCUCCUCAUUGAAUCAGGUGCCACUGUAAAUGCUAAAGACCAUGUAUGGUUGACCCCGUUGCACAGGGCAGCUGCUUCCAGGAAUGAAAGGGCAGUGGGUCUGCUGCUGAGGCGCGGAGCAGAGGCAAACGCACGAGACAAGUUCUGGCAGACACCGCUGCAUGUGGCUACUGCCAACCGUGCCACACGCUGCGCUGAGGCCCUGCUGACCCAGCUGAGCAACCUGAACAUGGCAGAUCGCACCGGCAGAACUGCCCUGCACCACGCAGCUCAGAGCGGGUUCCAGGAGAUGGUGAAGCUGCUGCUGAACAAAGGGGCCAACCUGAGUGCCAUCGAUAAGAAGGAAAGACAGCCUAUCCAUUGUGCUGCUUACUUGGGACAUUCAGAGGUUGUUAAGUUGCUGGUGUCCCGCAGUGCAGACAAGAGCUGCAAGGAUAAGCAGGGUUACACACCUCUCCAUGCUGCUGCGGCAAGUGGUCACCUCGAAAUUGUAAAGUACCUACUGAGGAUGGGGACAGAGAUUGAUGAGCCUAAUGGCUUUGGAAACACUGCACUCCAUGUGGCUUGCUACAUGGGGCAGGAGGCUGUGGCUACCGAGCUGGUGAACCAUGGAGCUAAUGUUAACCAGCCCAACAAGUGCGGCUACACCCCUCUGCACCUGGCUGCCGUCUCCACCAACGGUGCACUCUGUCUGGAGUUGCUGGUCAACAAUGGGGCAGAUGUCAACCAGCAGAGCAAAGAAGGGAAGAGCCCCCUGCACAUGGCAGCCAUUCAUGGACGCUUCACACGCUCUCAGAUCCUCAUCCAAAACGGUGGGGAAAUUGAUUGUGUUGAUAAGUAUGGCAAUACUCCUCUCCACGUUGCUGCUAAGUACGGCCAUGAACUGCUGAUCAGUACUCUGAUGACCAACGGAGCAGACACGGCCAGACGUGGGAUCAAUGGAAUGUUCCCCUUGCACUUAGCUGUGCUGUACGGGUUUUCAGACUGUUGUCGCAAGUUACUCUCCUCAGGUCAGCUGUAUAGCAUAGUUUCAUCCAUGAGUAAGGAGCAUGUACUUUCGGCUGGGUUUGACAUAAACACCCCUGACAACUUUGGGAGGACCUGUCUACACGCUGCUGCCUCUGGAGGAAAUGUUGAAUGUCUGAACUUGCUCUUAAGUAGUGGUACCGACUUGAAUAAGAGGGACGUAAUGGGAAGGACACCGUUGCACUAUGCGGCUGCUAAUGGGAGGUACCAGUGCACUGUGACCCUGGUGGGCGCUGGCGCUGAGGUCAACGAGCCUGACCAGACAGGCUGUACUCCCCUGCACUACUCUGCCGCCUCCCAAGCCUUCAGCAGAGUUGAUCGUCAUUUUACUGGGAACCAUCAGAAUGAUGAAGAUGAGGCAAAGGAGUCGUACUUCUGCUUGGAGCAUCUUUUGGACAAUGGUGCCGAUCCAUCGAUGGUCAACUCAAAGGGUUACAGUGCUGUUCACUAUGCAGCUUACCAUGGCAACAAACAGAACCUGGAGCUGCUCCUGGAGAUGUCUUUUAAUGCACUAGGAGACAUAGAGAGCAGUAUUCCAGUCAGUCCUCUGCAUCUCGCUGCUGAUAAGGGCCACUGGCAGGCGCUGCGUGUGCUGACGGAGACUGCGGCCUAUGUGGACAUGCAGGAUGCUGCAGGCCGUUCUGUGCUCUACUUGGCUGCCCAGAAAGGCUACGCCCGCUGUGUGGAGGUGCUGUUGGCUCAGGGGGCCUCCUGUCUCCUCAAUGACAACCGCCUCAUGUGGACCCCAAUUCAUGUUGCGGCUUCCAAUGGUCACUCUGACUGCCUGCGCAUGAUGAUUGAAUAUGGGGAGGAGGGGGAUCUCACCAACGUUGCAGACAAAUUUGGCCAGACUCCUUUGAUGCUAGCUGUUCUGGCAGGUCACACUGACUGCGUCCACUUCCUGUUGGAGAAGGGUGCCUUGCCAGAUGCCAAGGACAAGAGGAGCAGCACGGCUUUGCACAGAGGGGCGGUGUUGGGCCAUGAUGACUGCGUGACAGCCCUGCUGGAGCACAAAGCUUCUGCACUGUGUCGGGACAUCCAGGGUAGGACACCGCUGCACUAUGCUGCAUCCAGAGGCCACACGGACAUCCUGGCCAGUCUGGUCCAGGCCGCCAUGGCAACAGACCCACACGAUAAACUGCUGGACAACAAACAAUAUACCCCAUUUCACUGGGCUGCUUACAAAGGGCAUGAAGACUGUUUGGAGGUUUUACUUGAAUUCAAAACAUUUAUCCAUGAAGAGGGAAACCCGUUCACCCCCCUGCACUGUGCUCUGAUGAAUGGCCACAGCGGGGCAGCAGAGAGGCUGCUGGAGUCUGCUGGGGUCCACAUGAUCAACACCAGAGAUGCCAAAGGAAGGACCCCACUGCAUGCCGCUGCAUUUGCUGAGGAUGUCGCGGGACUUCAGCUGGUGCUUCGCCAUGGGACAGAGAUCAACGCCGUGGACAAUAGUGGAUGCUCUGCUCUGAUGGUAGCUGCUGACAAGGGACACAGUGGCACCGUGGCCAUCCUCCUUCACCGGGCCAAGGCUGACCUGACACUGCUGGAUGAGAACAAGAACACCGCCCUGCACCUGGCCUGCAGCAAGGCUCAUGAGAUGUGUGCCCUGCUGAUUCUGGGAGAGAUCCACAGUCCCACACUUAUAAAUGCCACCAACAGCGCUCUGCAAAUGCCCCUCCAUCUUGCAGCACGUAAUGGCCUGGCUACGGUGGUGCAGGCACUGCUGAGUAGAGGAGCCACUGUGCUGGCUGUGGAUGAGGAAGGCCACACCCCAGCCCUGGCCUGUGCUCCCAACAAGGACGUGGCAGACUGCCUGGCUCUAAUCCUCUCUACCAUGAAGCCUUUCCCCCAGCGGGACCCUUCCUCCUGCUCCUGCUCCUCUCCCACCGUCUCCCCCUCCCCGGGUCUCAACUUGCUGAAGCACUGCGGCAUCACCGCCGCCUGCGCCCCCCUGCCCAGCAACGGCCUCCACAACGGCUACGUCAAAGACCGCCACGGUGCGCCGGUUGGCCUGGACGGGUGUCUGUCUGAGUGAGGUCACGUGCCCCCCUCAGUCAGCUGCUAUCACCAUCAUCACCACCAGGGGGGGGGACUCCCUUUAACAUGGCCCAGAGGACCAGGAGAGCACCCACCCACAUGUCUGUUCUCUGUGUGUGUGUGUGUGUGUGUGUGUGUGUGUGUGUGUGUGUGUGUGUGUGUGUGUGUGUGUGUGUGUGUGUAUGUGUGUGUGUGUGUGUGUGCGUGAGUGUCUGGUCUUCUCUUGAGGUGCAGUCAAACCUAAUAUGCAAUUAGAUCCCAUUCCUCCAUCUCCUAGUAGUGCUUAAUAGGACGGAUGGAAUAGAGGCCGAUUGCUCUACAGGGUCACUCAGAUGAAGCGUGGCAUCCAAAAACAAACACUAGCAAUCUGGCCAUCUCUAAAUCAUUUAACCCUUUAAAACCCAUGUCGACAUAGUUAAAUAACCGACAUAUAAGAGCAUGGAAACCUCUGUAUCCUUGACUGUCUUUCUCUUCAUAUCACUCAAUACAAAAGUCAUAUCGUGUUUAAUCAGUUGUGGUGACCUUGUAGAGGAACAUACAGCCUUCCCAAAAGAACGAUCAAAGAGUUUCUUUGUUUGUUUUUUUGAUUCUCUUUUUUUUUUUUUUUUGUUGGGGUGUUUUUUUUUUUUGUUGGGGUUUUUUUUUUUUUCACUUUAUUUUUUUUUUGGUUUUAAUUGUCCGUUAGCCUAGAUUUUUAUGAAGGAGACACACAAGGGAAAAAUCAAAAUUUUGCUUAAGAGUGCAAUGCUAGUGUACUACAGUACAAUCCGGAAUUUGGAAAAAGGGUCACAAAGAUGUUGAUUCCAUAGUGUACUUUAAAUGUACGGCCUAGAAUCGUUUGGCAUUUUAUGAUAAUUUGGUAAUGCUGCUGAAUACGUUAGCAUGUCUCCUUCCAAAGGAGAGCCACGUGCGGGUCAGCGCUGCGACGCGGAUUUGUUCUUAAUGCUGACGUCAUGUUUUAAAGAUGCUAAAUAAGUGUUUGUUAAGAUAGAAUGUUUCUAAGCAUAUAACUUAUGACCAAAGUUGAUCAACACUAUUAUGGCUAUAAAUUAUUUAUUUGAGAUGAACUGUACUGUAUAGAGAAAGACAAUAGAUCUCGAUAUACCUCGUCAACUCGUUUAGCAGCUGCUUCAUCUUCACCCAGGGUCCGUAGGCCUAAUGUUCUCUUUUUGUAGGACUAGAGAACUACUGUAGGAUAGUGACUGACCUGAGGCCUUGUUUAUUAUUUCUAGAUGAAGGCUUUACUAGUAAUAUCUGCCAACAACACCUCAUCAAAGCAUCAUAUUUCUGAGCACAUAAAUGAACAAGCCAUUUCAAUUUAUUUCCCAUCUCUUUAAACAGUGUUUUUCUUUCUUUCUUUUUUUUCUUUCAGAUUUCGAAUGGCCUAGUUAUCGAAAGAGAGCAAUCAGUUUUGGUUUGUAGGCACUCGUGACGUUUUUUUUUGUUCUUUUGUGUUUCUGAAGUUGAACCGGCCAUCGGCUUUGUGGUUUUAACAAACUCGCACUAAAGGAGUAUUUCUCGGAGCUGGUGAACUAGUCUCAAACAUCUAAUGGCUUCUAUCUCAACUUCUCAGUGGUCAACUCUGGUCAAUUUGAACAGAUAAAGAGUAAUGACUGCUGUUUUCAUUGGGCAGUUUUCAAGCAAUAAUUUCUUCUUUUUUUGUUUUUUUUGGUCUUGUUUUUUUUAAGUUUAACGUUAUUGAAUAGACAAUCACUGUCACAAGGGCUUUUGUUUCCCUGGAAUGUGUUUUGAUUUUUUUUUUUUUUUUAUUAUUAUUAUUAUUAUUUCAUGAAAAAUUACCUAAAGACUAAACGAAUGGCUCUGUGUGUGCCGGGCAUUUUAUUGUCAGUGUCAACACAAAUGCACUGGAUUGCCUUUAUGGCAUCUCAUGAAAUGCCUUUUGACCCAUGCCUUCCGUAACACAUCAUUUCAGUUGGAUUGCGUAAUGGCAGAGUAUGAUGAGCCCUGAGACCAAUUUAUCUUUCCACCCAUUUGAUUGCAACAGCAUUGAACCACAGUUGCACCCAUACUAUCUAGUAGGGGAGAAAAAAAUUGCCCGACAUAUCAUUAUAUGUUUCGGCAUUAUCAAUGACCAGGAAGUUGAUAACCUUUUUAUAGAGGCUUUAUAGGGCUAAGAGGGAAAAGGAGAGGGAUCUUUGCUUAGGCCAAUACCUGUUUAGAUUUCAGGAAUAGCAGAAAUCCAAAUAUGUGCUUUUUGGUGUUCAUUUUGUUGUCUACUCAUCCCAUUUCUGGUACUAACGAUGAUUGUAUCGGACCACUAGAGCUGUUUGUGACUUUUAGAUGUUCUAUCUAUGCUAUUUUUUUUUUUUUUUUUUUUUUUUUUGAGAACCAUCUGCUGGUGGUUAAAUUACACUGAGUCAGAUUGUUUUCAUUGGUGUGAUAACUUCAUAUCCACUGGUAAUGAAGUGGCACAAUUGCACACAUUAGUUGACUGGAUGAGAGAUGAGGACCUAGACUAGGCAAUGCCGUUUAGAUACCCCUACAAAAGUCUUUUCACGUUAUUGUCUUUUACUUGAUUUCCUAAAAUUUCUAAAACAUUUCAGAGCAGUGAUUUCUCAGUCAGUGUCGUAGAUUCGUAGUUGGUAUUUCUAAUUGACCUCCAUAACUGACUGAAAUGAAAUGGAACUACUGUAAUUGGUGAUCGCCCAGCCUUUUGUUCUCUUGAUCAAUUAAUACUUUCCGUGAGAACCGCUUAUAUUACUAACUUUAGGGAUAGGUACAAAAUUUGUUUAUCUCAGGAUCUGUGCUGAAGCAGCAGGCAGAAUUUAUUAAUCCAAUCAGAUCUCAGCAGGAUGAUUAUGUCUACAUUAUUGUGAUGGGAUGAUCCAUGAUUUAAUUCAUUUUUAACCCUAAUCCCACAGCACUUAAUUAGAUAGUCAAGCAUGCACUUUAGUACAGUCAGGUUCUAAGUGGUUGAAAUAGAGCAGAUGUAAUGUAUGUACUUAUGUUUACAUGCAUGUGUGUUGCUGCUGAAUACAGGAAGGUAGAGUUGCAAAAGACAAGCAAAGGCUGCAACAAAAAUUGUACUCUAACAAUGCAUUAUUUAAAAAAAAAAAAAAA